GGCGAGCGGGCGCGGUGCGCUGCGCGGCGCGGCAGCCAGGGGGCGGCCGCGCCCACUUCCUCCGCCGCUCCGCACCCGCCCGCGGCGCAGCGGGGCGGCAGCGCCGCGCGCCCAGAGCUACCCGACCGCGGCGAGGCGGCCCUCCGCGCGCUCCGAGCCCACCGCGCGCCCUGCGACCCCGCUGCGGAACGGUCUGCUGCCCGCAUGGACACCACGCUGAAGCGGAGCCGCUCCGAGGAGCCCGCGGAGCUCCAGGCGCCCGCCCGGGAAGUGGAGGAGAAAGGGGAGGAGGAAGAAGAGAGGAUGGAGCAGGGCCUGGAGGAGGAGGAAGAGGUGGACCCCCGGAUCCAGGGGGAACUGGAAAAGCUGAAUCAGUCCACGGAUGAUAUCAACAGACGGGAGACUGAACUCGAGGAUGCACGCCAGAAAUUCCGAUCUGUCCUGGUUGAGGCCACUGUGAAACUAGACGAGCUGGUGAAGAAAAUCGGCAAAGCUGUGGAGGACUCGAAGCCCUACUGGGAGGCCCGCAGGGUGGCGAGGCAGGCUCAACUGGAAGCCCAGAAAGCCACACAGGACUUCCAGAGGGCCACCGAGGUGCUCCGUGCUGCCAAGGAGACCAUCUCCCUGGCCGAGCAGCGGCUGUUGGAGGAUGACAAACGGCAGUUUGACUCUGCUUGGCAGGAAAUGCUGAAUCAUGCUACUCAGAGGGUCAUGGAAGCCGAGCAGACCAAGACGAGGAGUGAGCUAGUCCACAAGGAGACAGCGGCCAGGUACAAUGCCGCCAUGGGCCGCAUGCGGCAGCUAGAGAAGAAACUUAAGCGAGCCAUCAACAAGUCUAAGCCUUAUUUUGAGCUCAAGGCAAAGUACUACGUGCAACUGGAGCAACUGAAGAAGACCGUGGAUGACCUCCAGGCCAAGCUGGCCCUGGCAAAAGGCGAGUAUAAGGCAGCCCUGAAGAGCCUGGAGAGGAUCUCAGAUGAGAUACAUGAGCGGCGGCGUUCCAAUGCCAUGGGGCCUCGGGGCUGUGGCGUGGGGGCUGAGGGCAGCAUCACCUCAGUGGAGAACCUGCCCGGGAGCAAACCUGAGCCUGAUGCCAUUUCUGUGGCUUCAGAAGCCUUUGAAGACGACAACUGCAGCAACGUAGUGUCCGAAGAUGACUCGGAAACCCAGUCUGUGUCCAGCUUUAGUUCAGGACCAACAAGUCCAUCGGAAAUGCCUGACCAGUUCCCUGCAGUGGCAAGACCCGGCAGCCUGGAUCUGCCCAGUCCUGUGUCCCUGUCAGAAUUUGGGAUUAUGUUCCCAAUACUGGGUCCUCGAAGUGAAUGUAGCGGGGCCUCCUCCCCUGAAUGUGAGGUGGAACGAGGAGACAGAGCAGAAGGGGCGGAGAAUAAAACAAGUGACAAAGCCAACAACAAUCGUGUUCUCAGCAACAGUGGUGGUGGCAGGAGCAGGAGCCAAAACAGCACAUCCUUCGAGGGCCAGGCCUUGGAAACCCGUAUGAAGCAACUCUCCCUACAGUGUGCAAAAGGAAGAGAUGGGAUUAUUGCUGACAUAAAAAUGGUGCAGAUUGGCUGAUCCACCAGGGCUAUGUCCCAUGUGCAAAUCAUUUACACAUGAAACUCAAGAACAUCGUGCCAGUAAUCAUUUAACAUAAGCCAAAUAGUAUGCAUUUACUCUAAACUGAACUAACCGAGUUUCAGUGACUUGAGGGCUGAAGACUUUCCCUCUGGUAGGAGCUCUUGGGCUAGUGUGUUUUUCAGAGCAGAGCCAUUGCAGGUAAGCUGUGACCAGGGUCACAAGCCUUUGCAGAGCAUUCCCUGUAGCGGCAGCAUGGAAGCAAUAACUAGUUUCUGUGAAUGAACCUGAGCCAGGCGGAGAGCUGAACACUUAGCCAGGGGGUCACCAGCCUACAUCUCUGUCCCCUUUUCCCUUUUCUACUUGGGGAAAAUGAGAUGUCUCUCCAUUAUAUCACAGGGCACCAAAAUAAUUUAAAAACUCACACAAAAACUCAAGUGUUCAGAACACAUUGUUUUGACCUGGUAAAAGCCUAAAAACAAUGCCAGGAGCAUAAUUCAUUUUCAUCACCUCUGGUGCUCAGGGGGAAUUAAAAAGCAUGUCUUCUGGGAAACCCAUUAAAACCAUUUCCUAGGAAAGCUACCAUGAACUGCACUUUUUGGGGUGGGAAAGGUGAAUGCCAAUGUGGGGAUGGGGAAUGAGGUAGCAGGGACAUAGCAUAGAGGGGAUUUGUGGCUGUGGGAGGUUUUGUAGCCUAACCUUAGCCUACCAGCCAAGGGGGGAAGGGUUAUUCUAAGAGAAGUGCAUGUGAAGAAUGGUUGCCAUUUUCUAUCUGGAUUGACAAGGAGUUUAUUUCUCUGUAGACUGUAACUUCUACAAUAAACGAGAUUAUUUAAGGUUUAUGCUGCACCUAGUAUCCCUUAGAGGAAGUUGUCCUCAAAGAUAGGAAAGGGAGAGGACACGAUUGGUAAAUAGAAGCAAUGGGCUGUUAUGCUAAUAGUAGUGUUCAGACCGCUUAGUGUUUAUGGUUAUGUAUACAGCGCUGUAUUUUAUGUCCUGUUUUAUUAAUUUGCCAUUUCUGAAAAAAAGCACCCCCACUUCAAAUUGUCUAAUAAUUCUGUCACCGCUUGUAUAUUUUAGCCACAUGUAUAGCUCUUCAUACAAUAGUGUUUUCUCCUUUUUUAUUGAUGGAUACAGUAUCCUAAUUACAAGGUUAUUUUGUACUUGUUUUAAUACCUUGAAUGUAAUAAACUAAGAAAACUUUGUGACUUCA